GUGAUGCGAAGCAGGUUGCCACAACCCAACGGGACCAAAAACCCCAAUCUGACAAUCGCGUCUCGCCCAGAGCUUGGACACAUAUAUGACACACAUCUAUGCGUUCACCUGUAAUACAUUUCAUGAUACAAAGGAUUAUGCCCCGGCAAGGUGUUACAAUGCGGACAUGCAGCUCGAUGUCCACGCCGUUUGCGUAGCUUAGGCGAUGUCAAGUGUGGAUAAGAGGAACACGGGCACCAGCCGAGCCUCUGCGGCGACAAGUGCCGCCGCCACCACCCGGACGGCGGGCUCGUCAUCGGCAUCAACAGCCGGAUCUAGGCCAGCGGGCCCCGGAGCCAUCGGGCCGCGCAACAGCAACGGCACGGCCGCAACAGCGCCCUCAUUGGGACCCUACACCCACAGCAGCGCUCCUAGGGCCUCACCGGCGCCGGCGGCUCGUGCCAGCCCGCAUGACGCCGCGCGGCGGAGCAGUGGUGCCAGCGGCAACGGCAGCCCGGCGCAGCCCUGCCCGUCGAGGUCGCCAGCAGGACUGCACGUGCAUCAGCCUGACGCGCGGGCUUCUCAUGGCAGCGCACCGGCAGCCCCGAAGCCGCUCGCGAGCUCCUUCACCAAUGUCCCUCAGCCACAGCUGGCGGCACGCACGCGUGUCGCGCAGGACAUCCUCGGCGACUCAGGGCCUGAAAGCCGAGACUAUGAAACACAUGGAUCACCCACGACCGGCUCCACCGCCACGACAACGUCAACGGCAGUAGCAGCACCAGCAGUGGUGGCACCAGAUGGCCCGGCCCCAACGGAGCAGGAUGAGCUUUGCGAGUUGGCCGCGGCUGGUAUCAUCGUGGCGUGCCAACUGGACGGGAGUGGCGUCUGCGAUGUGUCCAUGCGCGGAAUCACGCGCCUGCCGUCCGCGCUGAGCAAAUUCUUCAGGGCGGAGGGCUCGUUGGUCCGGGAACUGCAGCUGCAAGGCAACCGCCUGGCCGCCGCGUGCCUGCCGCCGCUGCACCUGCUGCCCGGGCUCACGGCGCUGGACCUGUCUUCCAACCUUUUGGAGAUGGUUCCGGCUCACAUUGGCUGCCUGGGUCGGCUGCGGGACCUGGACCUGUCCCGCAAUGAGGGGCUGCGGGAGCUGCCGCCGCAGCUGUGCGACCUCACGUCACUCACACGACUGGACCUGAGCCACUGCGGUCUGGAAUGCCUGCCGCUGAGGAUGGAGCGAUUGGGCAGGCUGGUGGAGAUGAGGUUGGACCGCAACGCGCUGUCGUACCUGCCGCCCGCCGCCGCCGCGCUGCCCAGCCUUACCGCCCUGCACGCCAGCCACAACCGCCUGACCGCGCUGCCGGCGGAGCUGGGCGGGGCUUCCAGCCUGACGGGCAUCUUCGUGGCGCACAACCAGCUCACGGCGCUGCCGGCGUCCAUUGGCCAGCUGCGGCCGCGUCUCGCCGAGCUGCAGCUCCACUCGAACCGCCUGUCGGUGCUGCCACGCGAGCUGGGGCUGCUGCUGGGGCUGACGCGCCUCACCAGCGCCGGCAACCCGCUGGUGCACCCGCCGCUGGCCGUGGCGCGGCGCGGCGUGGCGGCGGUGCGGGAGUACCUGCUGCGACACAUGCCGUCGCAAGAGGAGGGGGCAGAGGAGGGGGAAGAGGAAGUGGCAGGAGUAGGAGAGGGGGGAGGAGCCGGAGCGGUGUGUGGAGCGGGGGAGGGAGAGGACGAGGGUCAGGAGGAGAAGGAUGGGAGCGAAGAUGCGAAGGGGGAGGAGCCGCGGCGGCAGGAAGGGCGGCGCGCAGCGGCGGCGGUGGCGGCUGGGCCGCGAGUAGCACUCGGCGGCUCCUGCGUGUCGUGUGCGGACAAGGCGGACCGCUUGGAGGACCUCGGCCAGCUGCUGCGGGACGCCCGGGAGCGGCAGGAGCGGAGUGAGCGGCAGUUGGACCAAGCCCGGGAGCAGAUGAGCCGACAGUCUCGCGACCUGGCGGCUCAGGCGGUUCAGGCGGUGGCGCUGCAGGGCGAGAUCACCCGCCUGGGCCGCCUGCUGCAGGCAGCGGCACUGCAGCCAGGAUACCGCGCUGGCGGCACGCACGGCAGCGGCGGCGGCGGCGGCGGCGCCAGUGGCUCCUCCUCGCUGCAGGGCGAAGUGGAGGCGGCCCUGCGGAGUGAGCUGGCAGACCUGAGGCGGCAGCUGGAGGCGGCGGAGGCGGCGGCGGAGGCGGCGGGGCGGGAGCUGCGGCAGCAGCGGCACCGCACGCAAGAGGCGGAGGCGCAGGCAACGCUGGCUCGUGAGCGUAGUCAGGAGGUGGACGCCGCACUGGCGCGGGAGCGCCAGCGCUGCGACGCCGCCACCGCCGCCGCCACGGCCGCGGAGGGCGAGGUGGCGCGACUGGGAGGCGUGCAGGGGGAGCGAGACAACUUGAGGGCCGAGCUGCAGGCAAUAAAGGCCUCCCAGGAGGAGGCGUGGGCCGCCGCAGCCUCAGCGCGGGACGGGCAGUUGGCGGCGGAGGGGCGGGCGGACAUGACGGCGGGGCGACUGGCCGCGGCAGCGACAAAGUGUCGGGCACUGGAGCAGCAGCUUCAAAACCAGCAGGAGCAGGUGGCACGAGAUGCGGCCGAAGCUGCCUCCAGGGAGCGGGAGCUGCGGAACGAGCUUGCGAGAUUGAAGGCCGACAACGCGGUGUUGAUUGCCGAGCGGGAGUUGCUGGCUCCCCCAGCACGCGCAACAGCUGUGUCGGGAUGGUUGCCGCCGCAGCGGAUAUGACCCCACGGCUGUAGCCGAUCGUCGACGGGGAGUUCCUUGGAAACGCUUGGGGUUAGAGGCAUUUGGGAGGGUCAGGCUUGGGGCACUUGAGGAGGAUGCCCGUGGAGGACGGCGAAAGGAGGCGUGCGUUUAGGACCCGGGAGGCGAGGGCGACGAGCAGGAGGGCAGGAAAGGACCCGCACGCGGUUGUGCGAAAGGCCGCGCGCAGGUGGCAACAUGCUUUGCAUUAGCUUGAAGUCGCUACAUUCCCCUACAUUCCC